CGCUGGCGGAGCACAGCGCCGCCGCCGCCGCAGCAGCACUCCAGCAGCCAGCAGCGGGCGACGCCUCCGACGGCGCGCGCCACGGGUGUGAAGGAGGGACCGGAGUCGUCGGUUGAAGGCAGCAUGUAGAAACAGCUGCAGGUCUGCCACUGGUUCUGCGUUGCAGAGGACUGGAUCCAUCAACCGGGGUUUAGAGAUCAGCAGAGCAACAUUUGGGCGGUGGCGGUAGGGGGACCUGGCUGUGUAGAAACUACCUGUCAAAGAGAGGCGGCGAUGCAGCAGCCGUGAGGCGCCAUGGGGGACCACGACCGCAUCCGGCUGGUGCUGCUCGGCGGCGCCGGCGUCGGCAAGAGCGCCAUCGUCAAGCGCUUCCUCUUCAACACCUUCACCGACAAGUACCGCAGCACCGUCGAGGACCUCUUCUCUCGGGAGUACGAUCUGGGACCAGUUUCGCUCAAGGUGGACAUCCUGGACACGGCGGGGGACAUGCAGUUCCCCGCGAUGCGGCGGCUGAGCAUCGCGACGGCGCACGCCUUCCUGCUGGUGUACGCCGUCACGUCGUCGGCGUCGUUCGCGACGGUGAAGCGCUGCCUGCAGGAGGUGCGCGAGCAGCGACCCGACUUCCAGGAGAUCCCCAUCGUCGUCGCGGGCAACAAGCUCGACCUGGCCUCCACGCACCGCGAGGUCGCCAUUGAGGACGUCUCCGAGUGGCUCUUCUGCGAGCUGCCCAAGCUCAGGGCCAAGGUGCUGGAGUGCUCGGCGCGGGACGACUACAACGUGCGCGACGUGUUCCGCACGCUGCUGACGCUGUCGCGCAUCCUGCCGGUGAGCGGCGACGAGGUGACGAGCGGCCUGAAGCGGCGCUCCAGCGCCUACGUGAGCGCCAGCAAGGCGGCGCACCGGCGCGGCGGCAGCCCGGCCACCACGGCGCCGCCGCCCUGCGCCUCCAGCGCGGAGGCGGCGGGCCCGGCCAGCGGGGGGGCGGCGGGGGCGGCGUCCCUCGAGCCGGGGGGCGCGCGCGCCAAGCCGCGCAGCCGCAGCCUCAUCCGGCGCUCCAGCCGCAAGGCCAAGCAGCAGAUGCGCGACGCGCACGGCGCCGACGACUGUAACGUCUCUUAGGCGCACACUCUCUCUCGCGAAGGUGCCAUUUCCACUUCUAUGCGAAUCUUCUGACGGCCGUGGCUGCCUGUACCCUCUGUAAAACUUGUACUGUCGCUCGAGCUGUGAUCUCUUCCACAACUACUUGCUGUUUUCUUCGCUACAGCGAAGCCCUGCCCACCUCGGAGUCUUUGAUCAACGUCCUACAUCGAACAAGUGAACGAGUGAUCAGGCCCUACUUAUAAAUCCUUCACGAAGGUCCCAAAAGUAAUGGUGAUGUUCACUCGUCGUCUGUGAACCCUAUACAGUGCACUUGUCUCAGUGCAGACCUGGUAAAAAUCCGUUGCUAGUGCCCUCAAUUCGAGUCAGUGACGAGCUGACUUGCAGUAGACUGUCAAUCGCCACAUGUGUUCCUGUGGACGUCCGUUCAUCAAAUCCUUACAUACUUACUACGGAGAUUAAUUAAGCUACUCAUUCGUUAUUUACUUUUAUUUUGUUUGUAAAUUUUUGCGACACAAUCACACGAACAUUUCAAAUGCUACAAUCGGUUUCGACCAGCCAGUAUUUAUCUCCAGACUCUCAAUAGAUAAAAAGAGGACACAAAGAAUCAUCCAUAAAAUCUGUCGAGUAACUGUGGCUGAAAUGACGAGAGAAAAAUAGAAUUUCAAUUAAAAUCGCAACAGCGUAACUUACUUCUUUCUUUUGUAUUGAACAAUUUCCUUUCCAGCGGUUCCAUAGCUUUCGUGACGACAUUUUAUUUUAAGCACAAGUUUUUUUGCCGUAAUUAUUUAUUUACUGGUAGUGAGUAAGUUACACAACGAUCUUGCUUCCCCGUUUUGCCAUUAUCAAGUGCACCUGUGAACAUGGUUUAAUAGGCAUAUCAGUGUUCCUUACGUCUGUGUUAGUGUAUGUCGAUAUCACACCCUAUCUUACGUCUUUGCUGGUAUGACGUGGUGCACAUGUGGGUUGUCUUGCCCUUAUGGCAUGAUCACGUUAUUUAUAUAUUUUCUUUUUAUUUGCGUGAUAUUGUGCACUUAUUUUUGACGACUAUUUUGUCAGCUUUGGCUUAGCUUGGCUGUAUGUUUACAAUGGAAUUUCUAUUUCCAGGAAAAUCAGUAUUUUGUUUAAUUUUUCAGAUAUAGUAUUUUUGUGUUAAUACGUAAAUGAUAAGUGUUGUAUUGGUUUGUCUGUAUCGCGAUGAUUUAUCCUUGUUUUUAAUGUCUCAAAUUCUCGAGGUAUUUUUUAUAUUUCAAAUCUGUUGUAUGUUGAGGAUGUUUUCUGGGUAUAUUUCUAUACGAGUGUAAAUUUCUAUUUCCUAUUAUAUCAUCUUCACAGAUACAUUUGAUAAUGGCAAAACACCGAAACGAGCUCAUCGUGUAAGUUGUAUCACUACGAGUACAUAAAUAAAUAGGGCAGCAAAAUUAAAAUACGUAGUUUUACUUCUUUCUUUUCCUAUUUCUUUCUUUCGUGUAGUUUCUCAAUCUCUGCCUGUGUUGUUUCCAUCUUUCUUCUGUCCAUAUUGUGUCUAAAUUUUUCUUUGUUUUGUCCUGGAAGCCCUUGAAAUUUUUUAUUUUUGCUCUGAAAUUUUUUUCUUAUUUCCUAUUUGUUGCUCCGCUACUUCCAUUGCUCACAGGUUGCUUUAACUUCUCUGAUCUACGUUAUUGAUGUUUUGAGUUUCUGUCAAAAAAGUUACAAAUUCUUUUUGUUAUUCAAUUCUCACCUAGCCUUUUUAGGCGUCCAUAGGUCUACUCUUCCUCUCUGUGUCCAAUAUCCCUCCUCUUCUUUCACAAACUUCGUUGUUCCUUCUUAGUUUCCAUUUCCCAUUGUCAUAUUUCGGUCCCGACAUUUUUCUGACUGUUUUGAUCUCCUCCUUUUCUAUUUUACGUAACUAGGCUGUAUUUAUCGAGAUGCAUUCUGAAGAAUAAAGGCGUUCCGGUCAAAUGGCAGUGUUGUAGUACCGACGUUUUGCAUCUAUGCAUAAGGAUUCCUUGUUACUCAAGUUUUUGUUAGUUCAGAACCCACUUCCUUUUUCCUUAUUCUCCCUUCUUUGUCAAAAGCAUUAGUUCGCAUUAUUUCACCUAGAUAUUUGAUUUUUUUAGCCUUUUUAUCCUUCCAUAAUCAGCGAUUUUAUUCUUCUUCAUCAUUGGAUGGUAUAUGGUUUCUACAAUGAUUUUUUGCAUCUUUUUUUAUCUACUGGCAGUGUGAAGAUAAUCACUGGCUGGUCGAAACUUGAGUGCAUUGUAAAAAAAACACAGGUCAUGGUUGUGGUUUGUCGUGUCUGUUAUACUGAACAUCUAUCCUAGACAUUGUUCAACACGGAAACUAAAAUUCUUAUCUAAGCUCAGAUAUGCUGAGGCCCGUGCACCUAGCACAGGCUACCAAGCCAUAUUCGAAGUCGGUUGACUCAGGACAUGGCUGCUUCACUACACACCUGCCUCUUAACAAACUGUUCAGAUAUCGCGUUUAUACUAGCGCCAUACGCCGCAGGUAACCGCAACUUUCGGGCGUCGUACAUGGCAAGUCACCAAAUUGGACAAUCCUUCCCGUCAUUUUUGGACACUCGGAUUACUUGAGCUACCUUUUCCGCUUCCAGACGAUACCGUGAAGAUCACGAUGACUUUUACGACGAGGUCUUAUGCCUACUAUCCCUACACGAUAUUUGCGAUGGGUGCAUACAGCUAGUCUACAUUUACCAACCAUGGUUUCGUGAGGACAAUAUCGCCUGUUUUGCAAAUAUUACCAUAUAACCUCCCCGAGCACCUCUGUCACACUUCCACGUGGGCUAUAUACUUCAACAGUAAAAUACAUUGUACAAUAAAAUGUAUGGCAGCAGUUAAUUAACCUGCGGCAUAAUCUUUGUCAGUACACAGAAUUCACUCCUCACAGAAGGAUAAACUAUAGCGACACAAUAAAAAUUUGUUUUGAGCUAACGCAUUUUUUUCGUCUUUUUAGGAAGGCAUGUUUCGCUGAAGUUACCACAUGGUCAGCGGUUUUUUUUUCCUUCUUCCUGUUGAAUAACAGGGAAGUUACUGCUUACUAUCUGUACACACAGAAAUUUCAAUUUUUGAGGAAAGUAUUCACAGAUAUGGAAACAGACAAUUGUUUUUUAUGUGUGCCUUUUUAUGAUGUGCUGCAGUUUUUGCGUUUUUCCCUAUUUUACUUCACACCUGUCUCUCGUUCAUAGUUUGUCAUCUGCAGUCAUAGAGAACUUAGUGUAGAAUAUUAUCCACUUGUGAUACUUUUCUUCAAAACUGAAAUUUCUGUAGGCGCAGACAGUGAAGAGCGAUUUUACUGUUUUUUAAUAGAAGGAAAAUAAAAAUUCCACUACUGAUGGCGAAAUUUCAGCGGAAAAUGUCUGAGUAAAAAGAAGAAAAAUGUAUAUGCUCAAGGCGGAACCUGUCUUAAAAUACAUUUAUUUAUAAAAAAAAUUAUGGACACAAGAGUGAGAUUCACCCUCAAUAUGAACACAGCAACGGAUUUUACAGUUAACUGUAUACUGAAUAUUACUACUGACGGUAGUAACACAGAAAACAUUUUAUUUCAUUUGACCCCACAGUGAGAAUGUUGCCGUACAUUUCAUGAUGCCUGACGAUGGUCAGAUAAUAGCAACAGAUAGUUAAUAAAGAUUUGUUUCUAUCAGAAGUUCUUGACAGUCCUGAAAUUAGACUUUGUUCCUCUAUCGACCUCUUACGAUUUGAGCAUAGCGCAUUUGAACUCCUUGCAGCGUUAUCGCACUUGCUUCAGAAGACUAAACACUGCAGCAAUACUCUAGAGUGAGUCGUUAUUACCGUUUUCUGUUUCUCCAACAUAUGCGGUGUACUUUUCCAAAAUACUCCUAGCGGAUUUAAGGCUUAGAUCCUCCUUCCUCAUUACCUUUUUCAAUUAGUCGUUCCUUUCGAUAUUACUUUUCGUUAUUAUCCUUUAGGAAUUCCAACGUUGACACGACCCAGAAAUUUCCAAAUAAACUCAUAAACUCCACUUUACUCAUGCACUGUUCCUAACAAUAGGAGAAGAACCGGAGUUUGACGUUUCGUGAGAAACGCCUGUAAUGGAUAGAAAUAACACACAAAAUUAAGAAAAGUUUUUCUGUUUCAUUUUGUCAGUUCCUUUUUGAAAUAGUAUAUGCACACUUUGGGGUGUAUUUCUACGUGGUAAUUACCAGUUUUCACAUAAACCCGUAUGUAAAUGUAGAAUGGCUGGAAUGUAUCCCUGUGAUUGUUAAUGCACUGUUCUUUUACGAGAUUUUAGUGAUGACGCUGAUACGUUGUUUACACAAAAAUGUCAACCGAUCACAUGUCUAGCGUCACACCUGGCUUUUAAAUUGGACAACUAGAGCACUUAUUAUUUUGUGCUACCGUAUAUAUUGGCCCGUUUAUAUUAAUAUUUAAUAACGACACCAGAGCGCUCCUCCACUCGUUCGUUUGGGUUGUAUUUCCAGCUACAGAUACGGCUUUUGCCCCACAAAAAUGUAAAAAGUAGCAAACGUCACAAUUAGGAGACAAAAUGCAACUUUAAGAGACAAUAUUUGAGUAAAUUAGAAGUGCAUAUAUAUAGAACACCACUUACAUUUUUUUUCAAAUUGGAGUUGGUUAAACUUCAUGAGUAUGAAUAUCAUUUCAGUUUGGUUUUAGGAACCUGCUACCAAUUUUCAUUUUGUUUUACGUUUUAUUAAUUCAAAACUUAAUUAGGUGAUAUGUCUUACAAAUUCAUUUUCAGCUGAUUGUACAUCCGAUUUUUGCAGUGAAUUGCCAUUUACUAUCUUAUUGACCUUGUGGACUAAUGACAGAGUAACCACCCCGACUUUAUCCGUAAGUCAGACGUACAAUCAAAUGAAAGCAAUCGAUUCGUCACAAAAAACUAGCUAUGUUUCGAAUAAAUAGAGUGAACUCAUUGCCUAAAAUCAAAACUAGAAACAGUGGAAGAAAUGACUUAAACCCAUUUAAGGCCGAAAAAUUUCAGUCUACUACCAUACAUUUAUUCAUAUCGUUGCUCCGCGUAAACGAUUACUAUUACUAUAAUUGUUUUCAAAAGACGAAAAAAUGUUAUUGGUAUUAAAAAUAUAAUAUGGGCCUUGGAGGUGGAAGAAAUCAUAACGUUCUGUGACUCCAAUAAAUUCGAAUUGUCACAUAUUGCCACAUAUACAAAGCUCAAUGGAGUGCACAAAAGAAAAGAGGCAGCAAUAAGGCCAUAAAAUUUUCCGAGAAGUGGAAAUGGCUUCUUUAAGUCCAUAAUUAAACGAGCUGCUCAUCUUCUUAUUCAUUUUUACAGAGGAUCUUGAAUCUUAUCAGAACACGGCAGACUCAAGGGCUAUUUUCGUCACAGAACUUGCAUGUCCAGUGGUAAUUUCUCACCUUCUCUGUUGUGGGAUCAAAUUUAACACUGUCACGAACUAUUUAGGUUGAUUAUGUAGUCACAGAAAUUUUAAGACCGUAUUUAGCCGAAAGUAUGGGCUAAUAAUUUCAGAAUCACAGAUUCAAAGCUCCAUAAUACCUUUUGUAAAGCACUUGCCAAGCAGUUUAAUAUUCUCAAACUUCCUAAAUAACAUGGAAAUUUAUUGCUUUCCCUUCCACAUACUUCCCGUCUCUCCAUCCACCUCAUCACCCAACACCCCUAACCGAUAACCCUGCCCAAGAAAAAAGUCACUCACCUGUUUCAUAUGCUUAACUGACUUGUGUGGCCACCUUCUUUUUUGAAACAGUUUGUUACUUCUUAUAUGAACGGCCAUUCCACGAAGCUUUCUCGACUUUUUCAAUCUUGUGAUAAAGCCAUUGACCACUAUUGAUUGACCACUAUUGAUGUCAGUGAAUGGGAAUAGUGGUAAUUGUUGUACUUUUCUUAUUGGACCACCAUGUAUGAUGCUUAUUGCUGUAUUUGUCUAAAUGUUUAAGAGCUAAAGUAUGUGAUAACAAGUAGUUAGAAGUAUUUUCGACCAAAAGAGAGCACUGUGAUUUUAUUUUUUAUUUUUUAUCCAUGUUACACUACCAAAGUUGACAGUUUAGUAUGAAAUUAACCUUUUUUAUAGUUCUUAACGACACUGUCAGUCAGUAACACGAUCAUCUUUUUAAUUAUGACACAUUAAGAAAGGUAAUUUUUGGGUAUAUUAUUUUCAGCUCAUACGUUAUUUGCACACCUCUCCCAGUUACUCUACUGUGUUUAUGUUCAGAAUGUUUCUCUGGUACCAAAUCCUUGAGCAAAGACGCUUUGAAAUUUCCCACAGGGGACAUCCAGUAAAUCACAUGUUGGGUGCUUUAUUUGUUGGUCAUCGUUUUUUUAUGAGGACGUCAUAUCUGAAGAUAUUUUGAGAUAAUUGUAUGAUUCCCUGAGCACUCCAUCACGAGCUGAAAUAGAAUAUGGCCUUUUGGCACUGCUUACAAAACAAAGAUAGCCAUCAAUCAUCAAUACAUUUAUGAUGAAAAUGAGUAGCUUCUGUGGGAAAUUACAAAGAGUUGCAGUUUAUGGGCUCUGACUACUGUAAAUAUGCGGAGCCUUUAGUGUAUUUCGGCACUGAAAAAGCAUUCCUCGAUGUACGAUCAUAAUUUUUACAUUGUUUAUUGAGAUGUUUCAUAGCGCAGAUACAUAAGGAACCAAUUUCGUAAAUGAAGCUGAAAAAGAGUGUGCACAUUUUGCUGUCAAUAUUUAUGUAAUCACAUUAGCAACAGCAUAAAUGACUCAGUAUUUUUGAAGUCGUUUCAGACAUCUCUAUAUCAUGUUUAUAUAGCAUUAAGAAUGUAGGCGGACAGAAAGACUAGGUUAGCUAUGUUUAAUAUUGAAAUGAGUAUUUUGUAAGUUUUUAACCUGAGGUAUGGGUGUUUGUUACAGAGAAUUAGAUUGGGCUCCUAACGGGACAAAAUAAUUUGUCAUCCGUCCAGCCCAAGUUGUUAAGCAAGUUGUUAUCACUCGGCAGGUUUUUCUAUCACAAGGAUCUCCGAAUCAAUUUGUAAUAUGAAUUUCACACAUUUACGGAUCUUUUCACAAUUAUUCUCCAUCUGUUGUUUCCUCAGUACGUAAUCCUAUUGUCGAGUUAACAAAGAUUUAUACAAAAUGAAUCUUAGUGUCAAGUUCUGUCUUCUAUGAUCCAUUGAACGUAUAAAUGCCGCAGGCGUUAAUUCAAGCGUGUGAUUAACUUCAUCUGUCACGUUAAAGCAUAGCACCUGUAAUUUUUCCGCCACGAGGAAAUUACACUUUAACUUAUACUCAUAUCAACACCGUAAGUUUACAAAAUUUAGAUGCUGAAAUGUGAAUUAGCACAAGCUUUCAGAGUCAGCACUUGGCCUGGACGUUUUAUAAGGCUGACCUCGCCUUAGUGUACCGCUAGUAAACAGUGUUAUAUUCCCUUUCUGUAUAUACUUCAGGCUGGUUUCUUUGGUCCAGAACGAAGAUCUUCUUUGCGUGAACUGAACCGCGCCUAGAGUCUUCGGUAAGUGUGUAUCCCUCUGACCACCAAACCAGUUAUGACCCUUAGUGACUACCUGGAAACUUAGACAUCCGAAGGAAAUCACGGUUGCCCAUGUACUUUGCAAGUAGAAGCAGUAAUCUAGGUGAAUUCGUGGGGCAUGCAGGCAGCAGACUCACUACACAUAUCGCAAUCACAUGGAAAAUUAUGUAGGUGGGCCGUGCAUGGCAUUUGCUUCCACGUUAUAUCCUGGUAAACUGCAUUAGUGUCCCUUAGUGGAAAGUGUAUUUGUAUUAGUUUAAUCUGCUGUCCAAACAGUAUAUUUCAGUCACAUAGACUAGCGUUUUGGUGUAAAGAAUUAUGAAAAUUUGAGUAACUAUAAAUGUGUAUUGUCACUUGUAUAAGGACCCUGUUAUCCUUUUGUAUGUUUUUGUAUCUUCAAAGAAGAAAUGAUAACAUAUUUGUAAUGAAAGUAACAGACUUCGACUGAUGUAUUAUCUGUGUGUAUAUGUGUAUAUACUAUACAUGUUCGUACCCUUUUCAAGGAAUUAUUCAUUAUAUUCGGUGGAUAUCCACCUAUAAAACAUCUGUGUUAGAGUUAUAUGUACAAUGUUGUAUAAUAGUAUUCACUUUAUUACAGACUCCUUUACAGACAGUCAAAUGUCAGUAUACCCUUAAUGUUGCGUGAAAUAUCCCAAAACGGCUACUGCGGAAGGAGUUCAUGUUCCAUUCAACAAAGUAAUACAUGUAUUUACUUUGCAAUCUGCCUACUCUAUAGCAUGCGUUCACAGCAGUUGAAAGAUAAAACGUGGAUGCUCUUAUAUUUAAUUCUGCUAAUUGUGUAGCUGCUUAUGUCCUUCAGUCCAGCUGGGGUUUGCUUCUGAAAGGAACAUAUAUAUUGAAUGAGGCGCACUUAUUUUAUUUCCUUAUAUGAACAUUCAUCAAAUUUGUUGAGCAAAGAAAUACUGCACAGCAGUUGUAUCCGAUAACAUAUUUUCUAAAAUUUUCUAAAUACCCAAAAAGUGAAGCUGACUAAUUUUUAUGCAUGUUGCUGUUUUAAUAAACUCUAUUACCGCGGGAGUGUUUGAAAGUGAGCCAAAAUUUAUUUUUGCAUAGGACAGGGCUUGUAGGGUUCAUUGUUAGCUUAUCAGCCUAAUUUAUUGCUAAUACAACUGUUAAACUGUCUAAAUAUACUGAUUCGGUAUUACAAAUACUCCAUCAUGCAACAAAUUUCUAAUAUUGAGUUUGAUAUCACUUGGCAUUUUUGACCCAGAUCAGCUGUAGGAGUACAAAACUCCUCUUACACCCAAUAGGCUGUACCGCCAUUACAGUUAUUUUCCUUCUAUUCUGGGAACUCAGUCAACAAUGUUUCACGAAAUGCGGACAGCCUCCCGCUUCGCUAGUGUAAUGCGACUGUUUUCCGCUUUCUUGUUGUUUGUUCCUGUAGUCUUACUAUAGCACAACACGUCCUGUCACGACGAUCUUCUCUCAGUUGUUCUCGUGUAGCAUUUCGUAAUGUUACCGAUCCACAGAAAAUGAUAAGUUUAACGAUUAGGUGUCCUGUGUAGUAUAUCCCUCAUAAUAAAGUCCGAACCAUGUCUAUUUAUUUGAGGUUCAAUUACGCGGUACAGUUAGUGCAUAAUGUUACAAGUCCAAAAUAUAAUUUGUCAUUGUCUGCAAUAUCGCUGUUCGCUUUGCACUCCCACUUGUUAAUUGACAACACCACGAUAUGCUGAGUGGUAAGUAACUCGAUAAACACUUUUACAAUGUCCUAAGCCUCUGGGUAAUUGCUAGCACCUUUGCUUCCAUGGCCCUAUCAUCUUCAUGUUGUUAUGUAGACCAGUGUUCAGGAAACUGUUGCAACUGAGGAAACUUUUGUCGUUUGACAGAGUCGAGUUCAUAAAACUACCAGAAGUACAUCCGCAAGACAGAAUAAUACGUGCGAAAGGGUAAAAUGAUGAGGAUGGCAGUGGACGUGCAUUCUCAUUCUAAGAUCCCGUGUGACAGUAUGAAGCCAAAACCAAACUGAGCUUAUUACCGUCGUGGAAGCUAUAAAACAGCCCACUUAUUAAGUAAUAUAACAUCAUUCUGUCUGACUCGAAAUUUGCUGUAAUCUUAUAUAAAAACUUGAGGAUGAGGUACUCAAACCGUCCGUUAGCCUAUUUGAUGGUGUCCAGAAUGUGCGGCUGAUUAGGCAUAACACUUUACUUGGGGAAAAGCAAAUAUCGAAUUACCAGCUAGUGUCAUAGGUGACGGUCUUGCGAAGAAAACUGUUUACGAUGGCAAGAAAGGAACACAGACUAGUACCGCCGGGUGAUGGCAUACACAACACAAGGCAUCUCGUUAGAAAAGAGAGGGACAAAGGAUGGACAGCCUCGAAGGCAACAACGUGCCUUCUUACUGACUUCAACAUGCGACAACGCUGUGACUAGAUUUACUGAAAACUGUAUGUGACAUUUUUUAUCGUUAUAACCAUAGUUACAUGUCCUUUGCUUUUCGUUUUAACAAGAGUACUCCCCAUUCACCCGUACCUCGAUCUUGUGAAAGAGCGUUGGUGAUCAAGCCGUUUAGCGCCCAGCAGUUUUAAAUCAAUCCAUCCAUCCAUCGCAGCAUGAUAACACUAGCAAGGCCAUGUUACUAAGGGCUGCACUGCUGACGUCCUGUCACGGUCGAUUCGUACAGCACCGCCACCGCCAUCGCAUCAACAUCGUACCAUUAACUCUGAGUGCGUCUGGUGAAGACGAGGACCUGGACGACAUUUUCUUCGGAUGUAUAAACCGGAAGAGUUUGUCAACAUAAUUACUAAGAAACAUUGGCUGCCUGCAACCUUAGUUACCAACCUCUGUCCCUAUACUGUUAUCGUCGAAACACAUUUUAAUGUAUACAAUUUCUUUUUCGCAACAAACGUUACUCUUUUAGGGACACUCGUCAAAUGCAAAGCAGUUAUUUUUAUGUCCUUCGUGAUUUUAAUUGUAUGGACAAUAGGCUACAGUCUAAGGCAUGUUUCUGAGGUAACGUUAAGUUUCGCAAUGCUGAGGACAUGGAGAGAGGCUGUAAACACGGAGACGGAACAUUAGGCACCGAAACAUGGCUUAGUUGGAGGCUCAACCUUCAUAUCACUUACGAUCACCGACGAUGUUAAUACAGGCCUUGAACUGCUGUAUUGACUGACUUUAAUUUUGGAAUCUGAUUAUCUCUUCUGCUCUAUUUUUCUACAGAUUUUUAAACUAAUGUAAUUAAAUAUUUGUCUAUUAUCAAUCAUCUUUUUUUUUCUUCAUGUCUACUUUGUAUAUUUGUAUUAGACAUUGUGAUAACCAGAAGAGCUUCUUUGAAGAACCUAUUUGGUUCAUUAUACCGAAUUACUGCGAUCUAUUCAACCUAUGUAAAAGGACUGUAGACCGCACAAGCGUCUCUCAGGUCAAUUGCCAAUCGUGGGUGGCAGUGACGAAGUAUCCACUGGCUCGUACUCGACCUACUAGAGGCUAUUCAAACCUGCUACACGAGUGUCAUCCCCCGCACAGUUUCUCCUAAUGGUUCCCUGUAUACAACUCGCCUACAGUAAUCCAUUUCAGUUAUUCUGAGAUCUCCUUUAUUGUGCUUCAAUACUAAAUUAUUUUCGUUUAACUGGUUAACGUUCGCAACGGAGACAGAUUUUUAUCGUGGUCAGGUUAGUUAGUAGAAAAAUGUAUUUGACAACAAUUUAAAACAUGUACGUACAUCACAUAUGAACAAAAGAGAAAUGCAAUUUCUGUUAAUAAUACUCCAGUUAUCCGCAGUGUCGAUAAUUGCUUGGCAUCUCCGAGGGUUGCUCGAAACCAAGUUUUUCGCUUAUUCACGUGGGACAGAUUGCCAAAUGCGUCGAAUUUGCUUUGACCGUUUUUUCAAAGUGAAUUUUGUUUGUGCUUGACGCAAUGUUAACAAUGGGUUUCCCGAAGAAAGGUUAAAAUGAUUUUCUUCAGUUUUGGAUUCACUUUACCGAUCGAGCCACCUUCUUCAAAGUCAUCCACGUUUUUAACCAAUUCAUACCGUGUUAUCUACUUUUGUACAACCGACUUUGAUUUUCCCAUAUAUUUAGACACUGCGGCAUGAUUCAUUUUCGGACCUUCGGGGUGGCUACAGAGAAAUACGGCCUCAAAACUCGACGCGUACGCUCCACUCAUGUCUCUUCUUGUGUAUCUCAUUCAAGAAUUCAAAGUAAACUAUUGCUUUAUAGACACCGCAUGAAGGACAAAGGUUCCCUCCACCAGGGGUGUGAAAGAACUAAAGCGAUAACUUUUACGAUCUGUGUGCUAUGCCCACAACGCGCUUGCGUAACAGACUGUAUGUAUUUGUUCUGCGAUAUCUUUUUCCUAUAGAUGUUUUAUGAGCACGGUUGCUGUGCUCACUCACCUGCUACUGUAGCAGCUCCCUGCCACGAUUACUACACGCUGCCCUGUCCUAUUCCGACACAUAAGCGGCGGAUUCUUAUCGACUGUCGUGUCGACCACGGGGUUCACCCGAUUGCGGGUACACGGUAUCUGGCAGCUCAGGGCCUUGUCUGCACACGUGUACGACCGAUUCGAUAUGAAGCAAACAUAACGAUAGCAAACUCGUCACCUAACAAGCCAACAGGCUCACGAAUAGCCAACACUGCAUUCCUAACAAAGUUUGCGUGAAGUCUGCAGCCGAAGCGAGGUCACUGAUUUUAGCCGCCGGCGGUAUACUCUUCACAGAGUCCACUGGGCCAUACCUGGUAUUGUUGGUACCUACCAAACGAAUUGUUACAGCGGUAGUUAUUUGUAGUGGUAAGAGCAAUUUGACACGAAGUCAAUCCGCUUCCUAUCCGAAAUAGUAAAUAGAUUUGACGGUUAUGGGUUUUCGAUAACACAGGAACCGUAGCAGCAUCGAAAUCUGGUGUAAUCAUUAUCAAAAAAGACAUAUUUCAACGAGUGUAUAAGUUUCUUUAUAGUAUGCGCUAUUUUCUUUUAGUAUGAAAUCGUAAAACAGAAAUAUACAUAGGUGCAGUAAUAGGGGCUCAGCAUUGACCACGAACCAUACGUAGUGUAAAAUAUGUGCUGUAGGUUUAACACGAAUGGAAAGCUUGAUAGUAGAUAAAUCUACCACGUUUUCAACAGCGUUUCUACUUCGUCAAUGUACAUUUGGUAAUCACAGAUUCAUCUUGAGAGUUUCAGUUCUUUACAGCAACUGGAGUCUUGAUGAUGAUGAUACUGUGAUUUCGAAACGUACGUUGGCGAAGUAGAACGCUGUCAAAAUCGCAAAAUAUUUAGCUUAUUAUCAUGUUUUCCAAGUUAUCACAUAUUUUACAUUAUGUAGGUUGGUGGUCAACGCUGAACUCUUUGUAACGUUACCUACGUUUGAUAUUUCUGUGGGAUGAUUACGUACUAAACGAAAAUAGCGCAUACUAGUAAGAGUCUUGUACAGUGGAUGAAAUAUGUCUAUUCUGAUAAUGAGUACCCCAGACUUCCAUCCUGUACUUAGAGGUGAGAUUACAGUCCCUGUAUUAUCGAAGACACGUUAUCCUGAAAUAUGUUUGCUACAUCGUCUAGGAACUAGUGUGGAAUCGGAUCAAAUUGCUCCUAGUGCUAAUUACCGCAGUAUUAUCAAAUUUUCCAGUCAUUUCAGUGUUUUGAUUUUGCCGAGAACAGCCAGUAUGGCAACAAUGAAAGAUCUAAAACGUGAUUUUAAAGAGAAUAGAACGACAAUACUCUAAACAAAUUAUUACUUUAGGUAGGUUUUUCUUUCUGUACCGCACGUGGUACCAACAGAAUACUCUAUUUGCACUGACGUCAGUUCUGGCUGUGGGUUACUAGCUCUGCAGUAUUCUGAGCAUUUCCAGAGUAAAACAAACGACAAACCACUACACAAAGACAGUGCAUCGCUUCCAAGUAUUACCAGUCAGAGAUGUUAGGAGAUGAAAAGGAGGGAGGGGAACGUUAUGCUGCUCGUUGCUCACCGAUUUUGCACGAGGUAUAUAGCUUUAGCCCAUUCUGAAUAUCCUGAGCUAGCAUAUUCCCCUCUCAUACGACAUUACGUCGUUGUUUCUCCAACUGCAACAGCGCAGGCCUCGUUAAAGCGCUAUAAAUUUAAAACGUAUCUACGUCUGGAGUAAUAAAUGAAAAAAUAACUGACAUACACGUAAUUCGAUAACCAUUGAUAUGGUUAUCUAGUUGGUAGUUACGUGUUCCUUCAGCCUUCAUUGGCAAUAAAGGACAUCAGAAAGUAGAAAAAAUUCUAAUUACUUCUGGUCGAUCAAAGAAUGGAACAUGAACACCCACAGUAGCACACUAGUGUGUUCGAGAAGCUCUUUCUUAGCUGUAAGUAACAGUCCUUUGGCAGUAGAGAAAUUCGUCUCCCACUUGCAUUAUUUGUCCGCUACAUGUUACUAGAGUGAAAAAAUCGUCCAUGAGGAUACAGAAGAGGGACAAGCACCUUAAUUUUGUUAACUGUGUUAUGCAGUGUUAUACCGACUUGCUCGUUAGUCGCUCUUUAGUAGUCUACGUCCCAACCUGAGAGCAAAAUAAACUUCAAGCGCCGUCCUCUCGAAAUUACUGUGUCCUGUGGAGCGGGACAGAAAUGCUUCACUCGACUCUCGGAUGAAACCCUGAAUAUAAAUAAGAUAAUCAGAAAGCACAUCUUUCAUUAAGUACGAAGUAUGUAUUCCAAAUAACACGCACAUUUUCUCUACUCUCGGAUGAAACACUGAGUAUAAAUAAGAAAAUCAGAAAGCACAUCUUUCAUUAGGCACGAAUUAUGUGCUGCAAAUAACAUGUACAUUUGUUUGAUGCUGUUGUUAUAGUAAUGUACUUCCUUAGACACACAGAACACGGCAACGCAUGCACGCACAAAUGCAAGCUCUCAUAUUUGUAUAAAUAAUGUUAAGAGGCACUAGGAAACUACAGAAAAUUUUGCUCUAGCCUAGAGUAGUAGGGUAGACAAGGGAUUCCGGUUUCGCAAACUCAUAAUGGUCAUAUUAUUUGUUUUCUUUACUGUCGUAGCCUCAUAUGAUUAUUAAUGAACAUCUGAUGAGAAACUGAUUAUCGCUAUUUAUAAAUUUCUACGAUGCAUAUAAUAAACAUAAGUAAACAGCUUAUGUGGACGCGUAUUUAGCUGCAGUGGGUGCAUUGACGAUGGACGGGAGAGAGGGUGGAAAAGGGGGGGGGGGGGGGGUGCGGGGGACCCAGACAGAUAUCGCACUGAUGUCAAAUUGACGUCUACACCCACAGAUGGUAGAAUGCUACAUAAACUGUUAAAUAUGACUUCGUUGUACUCAACUAUUGUAGUUAUCGUGCUGAAAUUUGUUACAUUUUCAGUGCUUUUAUGGCUAACACUGGUUUGACAGAUUGCUUGGGGAGUGUUAUAGCUGCUGAAUAUAAUGAACAAUAGCGAACUGAUCCGCACCCUUCUACCUAUCACUGGUGCAAAUAUCAAGACACCGACAGCCGCUGAAAACACUCCCGUCGUGCCCCGGCACUCAUCACUCCAGAAACCCACACUGAGUUCGUUACGUUCGAUAUAUGUGGAUACAUACGUCAUAUACCAAACCAUAUGCGCUGUAUUGCAGGAUAGAUUGUAGAUGAUGAACAAAAAAACCCGAAACGCGUCAUAAAUACAAUGUACAAGUUUGAAUUUGUGACCUGCAGCUGCUAAGUACACUCCGUUAUUUACUGACAUUAAAUGAGUAUUUAUUAACCUACUUCGCUAACUGACUGUUUGUAUACAGAAAAUAUCGGGUGAACCUAUCUAGAAUAACUUUGUAGAUUUGUAAUCUAUCAGAAACAGAUUUACUAUAACAAGCAGUUACAUCUAAAAAUGUUGUGCAUCUACAUGUGUAUUAGGAAACUCACCUUACGACGUAUGGAAGAGGAUAUUCCGAGUCCCACUUAUAAACUCUAUGAGUUCUCAUAGUAUAAGCAUGGAAAAUCUACCACAGUUCAUUUAUAAUACAGGGCAAACUGCACCAACCUUGAAACUUGCUCGGAACUAAAAUCUGAACCACCAAAUUGACGCUACUUACGUUUGCCCUGAAACAUUACGACUCAAUCCUUUUGUGGUAAAUAGGUGUCAGACUUGCGUCAUAUUUCAAAUUGGGAAAAUUUCUGUUGUACCAGUCGAGAAAAGGAGAAAUAUUAAGGUUGCCUCAGUUACCGGUCAGAUAAAUGGCGGACCAUUCCCAACCUGGAGCGAGCCUUCCCAUUUGACGCCACUUAGGCAGGUUGCUUGUCACUUUCGCUGCUUCUUUAUUCAAGCAGUUUCUCAUUUAGCCGCUAGAGUGAGUAUACUGUGUUCCACACCUUUCCACCACAAAAAUUUCUGACGUGGUUUACUGGGAAUCGAAGCCGGAACUCCAAGUCACUCGCCAAUAAAGCAGACCGUUCUCCCACGGAGAGUUCUCUGCAAUUUACUUUAAAUUACCAUAAUGAAAACUAAACAAUAUUCAUACACCAUCAUCUGUAAAACAAAUCGGUCAGUAUAUCAAGUAUUAAUAUUGCAGGUUAAGUACGGAAUACAUCAAGGAUCAACAAUAAUACCUUCCCUCAUUUCGAAAACACUUGAUGAAAAGACUAUUUUUUUGUAUUCUAGUGUAACAGAGGAAAAGAUUCACUCAAUAUGAUUCGCUGUUUAACAAGUAUUCACUUUUCUGCUGUACAUGGAAUCAUAUCAUUAAGAUAUUAGUAUAACGCACAAUUCAAGUUGUAUUGAGUAACCUUCCCCAAAAACCAGUUCAGACCAGUGGCCAUCAUCAAAUUUUGGUGCUAUACCCGAAUGUGAAGUAUCGCUUUAAAGUGCACUUCGCCUAUUUCUAUCUAGAUUUUGUGUCUUCAAUUGACACUAUUGGAUGUCGCAGAUAGAUCUGUAAUCUUGCAAUCACGAUCCUAGUUAUGUGUGAAACCACAUGUCUCUAACCCGCCAUCCAAAUGACUGCUUUUUUACUGUCAUCUCAUUAUAGCCUCCUGCAAACAGCGCUGGUGUAACAACAAAACCUCUCCAUUCGUUGCAAUGUUUUUCCAUGGAGACACAAGUGGGAGCGUAACUUUAAAUUUUUACCCAUUUUCAGUAGUGAUUGAUAUUUGAAUGCCGAAAACCAGGACUGACUCUGAUAAUCACAAUUGUUUCAGUCUCACAGACCCCGUUUCCGCGAUAUCUGCGCUUAUCUCUUCUCCUGCAGUGAACCAGCGUUACUUCAGUAGUAGCUUCAUGUGAGGAAAUGUGUAAGGCAAAUGUGAGUAGAAUAUCACGGAUUAUCCUUGUCUCUACCUGUUUACUCUGUUGGCGAAAAUAUAUAGAAUUUUCGCCACACAUUUCUCAAACAAAGUCACUGAUCGCUCAAGUCAUACUUGUUAUAUAAACACUCACUUUACAUAAACUGUGAUUUCCAGACAGGCUAAAAACGAUAGAAAAAUAACCAUUCAUAUUAGAACUCUGCAAAUUUCUCUAAUCACAUCCUUCCUUGCAUAGUGUACCGUUAUCCUAAACGUCUCUUUUUAUCUCGAGUAUGUAUCAGCUUAGUGGGAAUACAAUGCAAAGUAUUAAAGUGCUUUUUUUAGUUUAGUAUGUAUUCGUCAUCUAACAGGUUCCUAUGUAACAGAUAACUAACAUAAAGUUGAAUUUGGCAUCAGAAAAUGUAAAAUAGCGGUUUUGACAUAACAGACACUUCAAAAAAUUCACAGCUAAGAAGAAUUUUGUAAGGUAAGCUUUAGGUGUUGCUAUUGCUUUUUGCAGACGUGUCUGAUAAACAGAGAUUAACAGUUUCGUUAACGUAAGCCAUAAAUCUACAAAGAAGACCAAUCAACAUUACAGAAUUUUGUCAGCAAUUCCUGCGCCCUAGAAGUAGCCUGCAGGGUGGUAAAUAGGUUUGGUGCUCCAGUAUUGCUUCAGCAGGGGCUCUGCUCGUUUCCACGAUCACUCAAGCAACUAUCUAUUUCUUACAAGAAUGCAAACAAUACAUUGGCAAUAUCCGCGCAGCUACGGACGAUUACUCCUUCUGCCAGUCAUUUUACUUCAAAGAAGCGGCAAGCAGUAGCACCUCUUCAAAAAGACGCUUCUUGCUAAUAACAAAGCCCACCUCCAUGCAGUUUUACCUUCUCACACGCCAAAGUUUACCUCUUCUUUAGCUUUGUUGGACAGUACGUCCAACACAUCAGCUUUCCUCCGCUAUACUUCCGUCAAUGUAAAUCAAUGUAAAUACAAGUGUUUACUUCAGUAGUAUUGCUCUUGACUGAAGUUUACUUCAGUGUGAACGUUCUAAUUUAUAUGAGCUUUCAGUCACAUUUUUAGUGUUUGCUGUUAGCACGGUAAAUGUGAACUGUGUCCGUGUCAUAAGUUGCACUGUUACGUCUCAUGUACCAAAAAAUGCUGAGAAACACUUUCAUUUCAGCAACUUUAAAUCUUCACAAUAGUCUCAAUCGGUGGUCGUUGAUGACAUCAGCGGAGCUCUAGAUCCUAACGACAGAAAAUUACAAAGGAAAGACUAACAUAUUGCAAUGCUUCGAAAACGUUUGUGGAUUGUAACAGAAUCUGAAGCACUGUCCUCCUUAAUAUCACUCACACACCCAAAAUCCAUGACGACAAUGUAAUAUUCAGAUAAUAAUUCCACAACUAUAACUUCAUUCAUUACAGUAACUUAGUGACCAAUAGAAGUCGCAUUCAGCCCAAGAAACUUUUUUGUUUCCGCACAAUACCUUUUGAACCUUGUGAAUUCACCUUCCUGCCAUGUUUAUGAUGGAAAAAAUGAGUCUACGUUUAUUUCUGACUGCAAUUUACUGCAAAUAUUUAUAGCGCCCUUUUCGUGUUUGGCUACUACAGACAUGUAUAUCACGCCUAAUAACAAAUAUACAUGGUAAAAUAAAUGGUUACGAACCGACUUAGAGGUAUGUUGUAGCUGAAAUUGACCACGUCCUAAAAUAAUUGCGUAGGAAUAUGAAAGCAUUUUUGCUAUCGAAUAGAGCUUUUAUUUAUCAAUAAACUGAUAUCCUAAACUUGUAUAUAAGUAACAAAAACGAAAUGGUUCCAGAAAGUUUGCUUCACUCCUAAUUCACAAAAGCUAAGGAAUGUAAACGCCUAAGCGCAUUUAUAGAAACUACAAAUUUUAUAACUGUUGAUGACUUUAAAUGAAUGCGAGGUUCUAGUAUUUCCCGAGCUGACAGAAUCAUUUGAAAUUAGAUUCCGUAUUAGUCAAAAGAAGAAUUAUACAUUUGUAUAUAAGUUUUGGAAACACAAGAAGAGCGGAGUGGAAAUAUCCACUGCUCGUGGCAGCCAGUUCUAACGCACAUAAUAUGCAGUUGCAAGUGGGAGAUGAAGUGUCAAACUUACAAUGAAUGUUUAUUUUUUACGAGUGUAAAUAAUCCCUGUUGCUUAUGUAAUAUUCCUUUGUAUGUUGCUGUAACAUUAGUUAUUAGUAUUAUUGUGAAUAAGAUGUAUACGUAGAUCAAGAAACGCAAGUUAAGAAUUUUGACGGGUAAUAUGUACAUAAUUUUUGUAUGUGUAUACAUGUUCCAAUCCCUCUGUGUAAUUCCGCAGCGAGAUAUCUACAAAACUGUUAUAAUUCCUUAUUGUUGUUUCUAUCGCUGUUGUUGUCUAGCUUAGCUAUUUCUGAAACUUACUCUGUAUUAAUCGUCUUAUCUGUGUAAUCUCAUCCUCCAGAAACACUAAUGCCAAUGUGUGUCUACGUGUUUGUUAGAUAACUUCCAACAUAGAAAUGUGCGUUUUAGAUGCAUGUGGCUUCUUAACUACUUUCCUAUAUUAAGCUGUUAUUUAUUUAUUUAUUGCAAAAUAUGGAGGAAAUAAAAUCUGUUCUUUUCUUUUCAUUGCAGUAGUUCUUUCCACGUUUUAUUAUAUGUUUCAUUUCAGAACAGUAAAGUGUUAGGAAAAAGCAAUUGCUAUAUAUUACUAGCUUUCUCUGAUUUUUUUACUCAUUUAACCUUUGUACUUUGAUUGUGCCGAAAUGACAAUUUCAUUGGUUAUCUGGGGCACCAUGGCUUCAGUUGCAAUGUGUAUUUGAAAUUCAAAUGUUGCGAAUCGAAUCCUUAAAGCGGAAACCUGAAAACUGUUGAUUCAUGUAUCCAUAUUAAUAACAAAUAAAUUUUAUAAAAUCAC